UAAGCGCCUAUUGGAUACAGGGAGGCGCUAACUGUUUGAAACCAAGGUAACGAGACGAAAACAAUUCUAAAAGGAGGCUGAAGGGUAACCAUGGACAGUGAUGGAGAGAGCAGCCCGUGGGAUAGUCCCUUGUCCAGUGCCAGGGAUCCAGUCAAAAGGAAGGAGCAAAUAAGAAACAAGAUUCCAAGAACUAGCGCUGGGUCUGCAGUGGACAGUGAAGAUGAAAACUCCACAGCAAAGAAAAACAUUCCUCCUGAAGAUGCUUCUAGCACCAAAGAGAAUGGCUCAUUUAUUAAUGUGGAAGUGAAUAACCGCAAAAUCUCUCCGAGACAAGAGCAGCAAAGCCAUCCAAAUUCCAAGAAACCAAACCUAAAGAUUAAGCAUCAUCAAAAAGUGCCAUCCUUCCAUGACUUCAAGGAGCCUGCUACACAUGAAAUGGAGGUACCAGAUCAAGGCUUUGCGGUAACCAGGAAACACAUAAAGGGAUCAUCGUACAUGAUUAGUUCCCCAGAACAUAGUGUAAUAAGCAACAAGCAGCCAGAUGAUGAAACACGUUCUUGGGGAGUUCCAGCCAGAGAAAGAGAGCCCACUAGUGGGUCCAACCAAAAGCUAAACAGCAGUGCGGCUCUUUAUGAAACAGUAUCUGCUCCAGACAUCACACAGACACUGACAGAAAGGGCAGCUCAAGUCAGAGGAGCACAAGAGAUUCAUAUGUCGAAUACAGAUAUGUCUGGCCAUGGACAAUGUGCCAGAAACACAAGUGACUUGUUGAAGAAUGAGAAAAGGGAUUUCUCUGGUGUUCCGGGUGUUGGCGAAAGAAUGUGGAAUGUAGAACAUGGAACAAAACAACACGAUGUGAAAGGGCCUCCAAUGUACUUGAAUUAUGGCUGGAAUAUGGAACCGGUGUAUACUGACCCUGAGAAUGCUCAGCUGAAAGUGAGCCUGGUGACAGAAACUGUACCUUAUAAAGAUGAGCUGCACAUGUAUCAGUUUGACUACGGCCACCGACAGUAUUACCAGGCUCAUAAGGAUCCCAAUGAAGCUUUCAUGGAGAAACUGGCAGACAAGUCUGAAAAACUGAUCCUGCGAUGCUGGCGAGAAAUAUUUGGCUUUCUUCGGAUCUUGGCUGGUUUGGUUACUAUCUUUCUUAUUGAACUAAUCACUUUCCUUGGAAAAUACAUUUUUCAGGUUCUAUUUGUUGGGUUCCUGACUGCCCUGGGUGACCACGUGGUAAAGCCUGUUUUGGUUGCACUAUUUAACCACUUCUUGCAACCUUUGCUUAUUUUCAUUUUCAAUAUACUAUAUAGUCUUCAUAAUUUAUGGUUUCCCAUACUGGAUGUGUUGCGUGGAAUAGCUCAGCAGAUAGCAACUGUUCUGCAAGCUUUUCGUUUAGUUGAGGUACACACAGGAGCCAAAUGCGUUACUCCACAUGUUCAGAAUGUGUGAGCAAGAGACCUUGGCCCACAUUUACUAAUAGCAAGUGCUGUGCAAUUGACAGAAAUAAAUUUGGAAUCCAUACUCUGCAAACCUAUGAUUGCUCACACUUUACAACUUUGGGAUACCAUAAAACAUAGAUACAAGCUAAUACAUCAACAUUCAAACCUAACACCAAUCACACACAAUAUCAUAUUGCUCACUGGUCUGCUGCCCUCAAUCUAUAUAAACUGAAGGGUAGAAAACACAUUUAAUAAUGACCAACAGAACUCAGAAGAAGCCAGCACCAAUAAACACUCAAAUUCAAUAGUUUAGACACGCUGAGGAGUUUCCAAGUUUGUCACUUCUAAAGACAGAAAACAUGACCAAAGACACAGAACCACCAAUGACUCCCUUGCAAAGUCUAUGCUUGGUCUCACUGGUUACAAAUGUUAUUUCCAUUUUAUAUAAUAUUCUUCUAAACACAAGAGACAACCCAUCUCUUUAAAUCAGCUUGAAAAGCAGAAACAAAGUUAUUGUUAACUGAUGAACAAUGGGAAGAAAUGACAAUUUAUGAAUUUGUGAAUUUUUUUUAGCAAUUUUUUACCAAACUUGAAUGUUUUUUUAUUUGUUAAAAAAUGGAACAUAAAAAACAUGAUCAAAUUAAACCGUGAAAAAAAACUUGAAUGCA